AUAUCGAAUUCCUGGUUCAAUACACAUUCCACAAAUUUCAAGUGGAAAUAUCGAGAAAGCAGCAAGUUACAAUCGCUUCAAGGCAUGGAGUUCCUGGAAGGAUUUGGAAAGAAAAAUAAGAACCAACAUCAUAAUCAGACAAACCACGUGACAACAGGAACGAUUAAUCCUCUCGUGGCUCAACCCUCCCUCAACAUACAUUUGCAUGCUCUAUUUACAGCUAUCGAGCAGGGCCAGUUGGACAAAGUGAAAACGAUAUUGGAAUCGGCGGAUAUCGAUGUCAAUAGCGUCAACAGCGAUGGCUUAACACCACUGGACGUAGCUGUGCUGGACAACAAUAAAUCACUAAUAAAAAUGCUAGUUGCAUACGGCGCAAAGGAGGGAAAUCAGUUUAAAUCUCCAGAGUGCCUCGGCAGUCACUUGGCAUCACUACUGCUGUCAGCGGAGCACAGACUCAACGAAGUAGGUGGAACUGGCGGUACACUGGGGACAAGUUCAACUUCAUUUCUGGAUGCUACGAGUGCUAGGGCGAGUUUCUCAGCAGCGCACAAUAAUUUAACCGGAUGCGGGGGCAAUACCGAGGACAAACAAGUAGCCCUGUGGGAGAGAAGAGUCAGAACGCUGAGAAAGAUGCUGCUGGGAUUCGACCAAGCUAGGCCUCCAGACGUGCCGUUUAUGACAAGUAUCGACGUAAUAGAGACAAAGUCGGUCUCAGUACGCUUUCAAGAGACCGAAACACAUGACUCUUACGUAUGUACUAAAUUCAAAGUACAAUGGAGUACAAAAGAAGAUUUCUCGAUAGUCAAUGGAGAGAGAGAAGUAUUCGAUAUGAAACAGCGUGAGUGCCGCAUCGAUGGACUCAUUCAGGGGCAAAGAUACUACUUCCGAGCUUGCGCGGGUAAUCUCAAGGGAUACAGUAGAUUUAUUAUUUCGAGUCCAUGCAGCGUGAUACCAAGCAGUUGGCGUGACGUUGAUGGAAGGCAGCCGAGGUUUGCUGGUCGUUUGGAACAAUUGGAUUCACUUUUCACGGACAUAAAACGACCUGAAUAUACCCAAGAUACGCCAGCUUUACAGCGACGAAAUCACAAGAAGAAAACAACGAUAAAGCAACUUUUUACAGCAACGAGUAAAUUCCAGAAGAGUCUGAGACGCGGCGUUUACCUUGCCUGUGUGCUGUACAAUGAGGACAAAGUAUUAGUGACGAAUGAAGACUUCUUGCCAGUAAUUGAAGUGGAUGAAACCUAUCCAAGCUGUAUUUACAGUGAUUAUCACUGGUUAAUGAAGGUGGCGUGUACGUGGGAAGACGUUAAAACAUUGAAACAAGACAUGGAGAAGAGUCACAGCAGCUCAACGAAUCACUUCCGUCUUAAAUUACUGCAGGCUGCUGCGCAAAUGCAAACGGCACUGUGCAUUCAGGACUUGGGGCAAGUAUAUCAUAAGCCUAUCAGAGAUGUCCAGGGUACUCUUGUUUUAUCAACAAUUAACUAUAUCAAAUCACCGAAAUUAGUGUCAGUGCUUAAUAGCCGAUGGUUACCAUUGAACAAAGUCAAAAAGAAGAUUACAAUACAUGAGGACAGCAAUGUAGCCGACAUAUUGAUGAUGAGCAUCAAGGACCAAAUGGCUUAUCAUCAGUUGAGUAGUGUUAAACUGAGUAAGGGCCUAUACCUCGGCUACUUGAAAAUGCAGAGUAGCGUUGAUCUGAUACAAAUAGUCGUUCCAUCAAAAGCCCCAAAUUCUCUUCCUCACUGUAAAGUACGUGAUAAUCCACACGUAUCAGCUGAAGAGUGGGAUUAUCUUAAAAAAAUAACCCGAAUUCAGGCACGUAGCGAUGAUAAAUCCAAGGAUAAAGAGAGAGACGAGGAGAAGGAGAAUGAUUAUGAUUACGAUAAUGACAGUGAAUGGGGUAAGAAUCAAGGUAACGAGCAGCAAAAACUCUUUGUCGAUCUCGUAUCAGCUACUGCGAGACGUUUGUUCACAUACAUGCAGGUGAACUCGGAGGAUUCAUUAAUUCACAGGCUGUAUGAUGCUGAAGUGAUUGAACUCACUAAUGAGGUAUCAUUUCUCAUCGUCGUACCGCCCGCCGAAACAGCCUGUUCAGUGCCAGGUACAAGGGAAAUUCUCUUGCAACGCGAUGAUCUUCUCUCAUUACCCAUUCAAAUAUUUGAAAUGGUGCACUUAAAUACUUAUCAAAAGGAUGUUAUAAACAGAUAUUCACGACUGAGUUGUAUACUGGAGUUGGAUACAGCUCAGGCACAGCACAGUCAUCGUGAGGCAUUUAGUUCGAUCGAGGUCAGCGUUGCCAAGGACAAAUUAUCGAGGCUUGAACAACUCCAGACACAAAUGAAUGCCAUUUGGAAGGGUGCUAGGUGGUUAAUUGAUGUCAUAACUUUUGCAAGGGAUCGGGGCUCGUCGCAGUACGCAGGACUCAUGGCCAACAAUUCCAAUUCAGCGCCAACACUGUUGAACUCACCAGCUGGUAUCUCUAUGCGUUAUUUAUUGAACAUUGAGAGAUGUCAUAAUAAAACGAAUGGUUUGAAGAGAAGUUUAUUGCAACUACCGCCGCGCGAUCCGAAACUCGUUAAAUCAAGUCCAGGAAGGGGCAGUUGGCCGGGACCAAACAUCUCAAGUUCAGCGACUAAUUUGUUGACCACAGAGUUCAGCAAGAGUGAGCAGCAACUACCUUGCGGUGGCCACAGUGCUGAGGGACAAGUUGACAAUCAAAUCCCUUUGAUUCACCAUGAAGAGGCUUUAACGCCGUCUAUUAUUGACGAUAGACAUUCGAGAAAAGGCAGUGAUACGUCAAAUUAUUCAACAGUCUCUGAGCCAGUUCGAUCAAGCCAUCCCAGUUAUCAUACAUCAGUAUCUGGGCUUGGCAUUAGGGACGGGGCGGUAACGAAAUUACUACCCCCAUCCAAAUCCGAGGACACUCUGCUGCUCAGCCAGUACAGGCAUAUGUCGAAGAGUCGUGAAUCGACCCGAUCAACUGUAUCGAUGACUCUGUCUGCCUCGACAAGUCCUCAGCUCAUUAGUAAACCCAUGUAUGGUAAUACAUUGAUAGGGUCCACGAAUCAAAUGGCAUUAACCAACACAACGAGUUUAUUGAGCGUCAAUACAGCUACUAGUAACGCAAAUAGCACCAAUAGUUUAAACUCAUUGAGUGAUGAUUGCAGUGGUGAGCAGAGCACUUCGACAGUGAGAAUGAAAACUAAGAGCUCAAAACCAAGUGCCAGUGUUGCAUCGGUGGCAAGUUGCUCAUUACCGGAUCCCAAUCAGAGUAAUAACGAUGAAACGAAGGACCAAACGUCGAUUACAAUGCCAGCACCAUUGCCUGGUAUACUACAAGUGUUUGCUGCAUAUGAAACGGGUCUUGCAGCUGGUACCAGUCUCAAACUACAUGUUACACCGAGAACGACAGCUAGGGAAGUUGUUGAUCUGGUUGUUAAGCAGCUUAACAUGGCUGUUGUGCUUAAGGGUCAGCAAGGACCAAUUUACACGAAUGAGGAGUUACCAAACUUCUGUCUGGUUGCGGUUAUUGGUGCGCGGGAGAGAUGCUUGAGGGAUGAUUUCAAACCGCUUCAACUGCAGAAUCCAUGGAAGAAGGGGAGAUUGUACGUUAGACUCAAGCAGGAUGUACUGGCAGCACUCGAACACAGCAGUAAACACACCGCUUAUUUGUAGCGAUUCAAAUUGGAAUUUACAAAUUUCCUCGAGUCAAUAAUUGUACGACUGCAGUUAUUCGUUGAAUUUGGUAAAGUUGGUUUCAUUUUUCAUUAAUUUCAUCAUUCCAUUAUUUAUUAAAUGUCCCGUGUUUCAUUGUAUUUUUUUACGUCAUCACUGGUAAUGUAAGAUAAAUAGUUUUCAUUAUAUUCAUUUUAUCUUCAGUACACCAUCAGUAUCGAUUUUUAUAUUUUUGUACAUAAAGGGUAAUAUCAAUAUUCUUUAGUCAAGUGACUAGCCACUAUGAUCUCGAGUGAUCAAUUUAAAAAAUAUUAGAUCGUAUACAUAUAACUGAAUUAUCUGAACUAGCAAAGAGAUGGUAAAUCAUAGACUGCUGUAGGAUAAAAACGAAGAAUCUUUGAUUUAUGUAUUUAAUUCUAAGGAAUUGAAAGUAAAAAAAAUGAAAAUGGGGGAAAAUAAGAGAUAUUGGAGAAAUUGUACAAAGGGUGACCUAAGCAUAUACACAUUAUUUUAUAGGCCAUUGUUGUUGUUUAUGAUUUAUUUACUGUUAUUCAAUUAACGGGUAUAGUAACAACAAAUUACGAAUUGUAUUGUAAAUAUUGAGCUUUUAUGUUUAGAAAAUGAAAGUCCAUUAAAAUGAAAAAUGAUAAACAUCGGUUUGUGUGACAGAAUUGUCACUGAAAACUUGUGGGAAGAGGCUAAUUAUGAGAGAUGAUAGACGUCCAUUGUGUGUUAUUGAUAGUCUAAUAUAUGUCUAUUUUCAAAGUCAUGAUUAUCAAUGAAUAAUUAAUCAAUGUGAUAUAUCGAUCGGGCAUCGUCCGUAGUAAAAACGGGUGUUCACGAAUUUAAACGUCCACCAAUUUUAAAUGCAACAAUUAAGUUGUAAAUUUUAGAGAACAAGUGAAAAUAAAUAUUAGAGAAAUAUUGUCGAACAGAGUGUGAACAGGGAGAGAGAGAGAGAGAGAGCAAGAGAUUAUAAAGGAACCACAAAUGUACCUUAAUGCAAAAAAAAGAAGAAUCUGAUGGCAGUGUGAUCUGAAUUUUGUCCAUUCCAAGUCAAAUAACUUUCUCAUAUUUUUAUGUAUGUGAUCUGUAUAUAUUGAUCAAUGUAAACAAAUUUAUUGAAAAAGGAAAAACUCCAAUUUCUGUCCAAUUGAACGCAGUAUGACUGUAUCGAGAGACAAAAGCGUCGUGAUGCGAUCAUUUUUGAAAAGGCUGUUUCUUCGUGUCUAUCAGUGUUAAAUAUAAGAUAUUAAAUGGCAACAAUGCAAAAAUUAAAAAUUAGACGUAUAUCGAGUAAUUAAACUCGAACGAACUAAGGUAACACCAAUAAUAAGAUCAUCGAAUUAUAACUGAAGAUUUACUAAAAAUUGAAUCAAUAUAUAUUACGCAAGUAUGAGAAUGAAAAUGGGGUGGUGUAAAAUUGGCAAUCGAUGUUGAUAAAAGAAUUAUAAUUUAUUUUAAUUCCUGAUGAAACAAAAAGAAUGUAAGACAUGUUGAGAUUGAA